GAUUGUGAUGGUGAUGCUGUUGCCGCUUCUUAUGUGUUUAUUUUCACUCGAUUCAUUCCAAUAACUUAAUCCAUAAUUUGCGAUGGCGGCACUGCUCAAGAAGAGGGCUUUGGCUGAAUACAAUAAAUCUUUUCAGGAUGGUCCACCAUCUAAAAAGCUGCACAUAGUUAAGAAGCCCCUUAUAGGAAGUUCUGCUGCAGCAUUUGUAGGUUUACUAGAGAAGUGUAAGUCUAGUGAAGAGGCGCUGCAACUGUUGCUGCGCAUAUCUGACUGCCUGCAGUUCCAGGAGUCUGACGUAGAGGAGGCCAUCAAGAAACUCUCGGAGCACUUUCAGUCGGAAGAAGACUCUGUGGUUAGAGUCAAGAUACUGUGGCUAUUCUGUGACAUCGGGCUAGAGUGUCCUGUUGCUAACCUCAACAACUUGAUUGAUCUCACCACACUCCUCAUCAAGAAUGAGACAUCACAUAAGGUGAUAGCCCAAGGUCUCGCCACCUUACUAAAACUGGGAGGGAAACUGUCUGAAGACAAGAUCCUCAUGAUGCGGCUGGUGUCCGUGGCUCGGGAGAACCUUAAGGACACCAGCCACCAGGUGAAGUGCCGCUGCCUGCAGCUUAUCAGUGAGCUCUACCCACUGUGCCCUGAAAUGGACAGAACGUUAGAAACCAUAGCCGAGGCUGAUGCGGUGGUCAAACUACUUGCGGAGUAUUCUAAUGCUGAGGACGCGCGCGUGCGGUGCGACGCAUUCCAGUCGCUGCUGACCUUCCACGAGCGCGGGCACGUGCUGAGCGCCGUGCACUACGAGCAGGCGUGCCAGGCGCUCAGCGACGACUACGAGAUCGUGCGCGAGGUGGCCCUCAAACUCGUCUGGCUGCUGGGGAACAAGUACCCGGAGAACACGAUCACGAUGUCGGACGGCGAGACGAAGAUGCGCAUGGUGGACGACGCGUUCAUCCGCAUCUGCUCGGCGGUGAACGACCUGUGCAUGCAGGUGCGCGCGCUGGCGUGCUCGCUGCUCGGCACCACGCGCGGCGUCUCCGACCGCUUCCUGCUGCAGACCCUCGACAAGCAGCUCAUGAGCAACAUGAAGAGGAAGCGCACGGCCCACGAGCGCGGCGCGGAGCUGGUGCGGUCGGGCGCUUGGGCCAGCGGGCGGCGCUGGGCGGACGACGCGCCCGGCCAGCUCGUGGAGACGCACGCCGUGCAGCUGCUGCCGGGCGGCGCGGCCGGCGCCUUCGUGCACGGCCUCGAGGACGAGCUCAUGGAGGUCCGCACGGCAGCGGUGGACGCGGUGUGCCAGCUGUCGAUGGAGAACGUGGUGUUCGCGACCACGUCGCUGGACUUCCUGGUGGACAUGUUCAACGACGAGAUCGAGGACGUGCGCCUGCGCGCCAUCGACAGCCUCACGCGCAUCGCGCACCACAUCGUGCUGCGCGAGGACCAGCUCGAGACCAUUCUGGGGGCCUUAGAGGAUUUCUCGAUGGACGUACGUGAAGGGCUCCACAGGAUGCUCGGCGCCUGCAGCGUUUCAUCCAAGACUUGUCUCGAAAUGUGCAUCGACAAAAUACUGGAAAACCUUAAGAGAUAUCCUCAGGACAAGCGGUCGACGUUCCGCUGCAUGCAGCGCAUGGGCGGCGCGCACUCGUCGCUGGUGCUGCCGCUGACGGCGCGCCUGCUGGCCGUGCACCCCUUCUUCCACAUGCCCGAGCCCGACGUCGAGGACCCGGCCUAUAUGUGCGUCCUGAUCCUGACGUUGAACGCGGCGGCCAAGUGCACCACCAUGCUGCCGCUGUUCGAGGAGCACACCAUCAAGCACUACACCUACCUGCGCGACACCAUGCCGCACCUGGUGCCGCACCUGCCCAUAGGGGAAGCGAAGCUGACGAGCGUGAAGAGCGAGGCGGGGCUGGACGACAGCGCGGUGCGGCGGUUCUUCGCCACCGUGCUGCGGCACACGGACAACGGCGCGCUGUCGCCGCGCGUGCGGCUCGCCAUGCUGCGCGCCGCCGAGGAGCAGCUCGACAGGCUGGCGGAGAUGGAGCCGCUGUUCUCGGGCGCGGCGGUGUUCUCUGCGCUGUUCGCGCGCUGCGUGCGCGCGCUGCACGGCGCGCUGGCCGCGCCCGACGGCCCGCCCGCGCACCAGCUCGCCGCGCUCGCGCAGGACACGCUCAGACUGCAGCACCAGUUCAGCGGGGUGACGGAGCAGGCCCGCGCGUGCGUGGGGCAGCUGGCGCUGCGCGUGACGGCGGCGCGGCUGUGCGCGGCGGCCGGCACCGGCGGCGGCGGCGGCGCCGCAGCGCAGGCCGGAGGCACCGGCGGCACCGGCCCCGCAGCGCAGGCCGCGCUCACGCACCAGGCCGAGCUGCUCGACCGACAGCUGGCCGCUGCAGGCGUGGAGCCGGACCCGUUCACGAUCGGCGUGUUCCAGCAGCUGUCGCUGGGCGGCGACAACAAGCCGCUGGCGCUGGCGCGCGCGCUGCUGCCGCUGCUGCUCGCCGCGCCGCUGCCGGCCAUCCCGCCGCCCAGCGUCGACAUCCGCAUGUGCACGGCGACGAUAAUCGAGCCGGCGAGCGACAGCGACACGGUGCUGCGGUUCAGCGCGGGGCUGGCGGGCGGCGCGGCGCUGGAGGCCGAGGUGCUCCGCGUGCGCGACCCGGCGGCGCUGCGCGUGCGCGUGGCCUACCCCGACCGGCAGGCGCACGCGCUCGCGCCGCCGCGCGACCAUCUGCGCCCGCUCGACCACCACACCACCAACGACGACGGCACGGUGAACGUGCGCCUGCUGACGAAGGUGCUGAUCUCGCACGGCGUGUGGACGGAGUCGUGCGGCGUGGACGUGUCCGUGUGCCUGGCCGUGGACGAGGGCGCGGGCCGCGACGCCGCGCCGCUGGUCGACCUGUGCCGCCCCGUGCGCAUCACCGUCGCGCCCAAGCCCAUCAAACGAGGCCUCUAGUACCCGCCACUCAGACCGCUCCCGAAGCGCACGCGCCGUCUCUCACCGCGAAGGCAUUCAGUGUAAUUGUGCGACAUCACAAUCAUGUAGUGACAUAAUAUAUCAAAACAUUCUUGUCCGCAGAUAUAUGCAACAUUG